CUCCACGGCAUAUUCGACGGGACGGCAGGAUACUCGCUCAUUUCGACGCUCAUUUCCCAUCUCUCAUUUGAUCGUGACGACACAGCUUGUGCGACGUACUCCAUUUUGGAGUGAUCGCCCAUACUAAUCGAUUUUGCGUGUAAUCUUGUCCAAGAGGCAAUUUAGUUUGCCAUCAUGUCCAAUUCCACUGCCCCGGCGGGCGACUUCACCUCAAGCGCAACAUCGUCAUUCAACAAUGGCGGCUUCACCAGCAGUGAUACAUUUACCUCUCCCACGAGCACGUUUCAACCCACAACCUCGUCCACUCCUACAACCAGCGCUCAAACGCCAACAACAACAACUCCCUUUCAACCAACCUCAUCAGACGCCUCGUCAACGCCGACGACUUCUCCAGCGACCUCCGCCACAUCUUCAGCUGGACCUCCUGUCGUAACAUCGGAAAUUACGCAAAGCGGCACUUCUGACACCCCGCUUACAAUCACAAUCACUUCCACUUCAAACUCUCCAACCCCUACUCAUGCAUCCACAACUGGCCAUAGUUCGUCCUCGUCACAUACUGCUUCGAAUGCCGCCGCAACGUCGAGCGGUGGUUCGACUCUUCCGACUACCGGAGCCAGUACCUCUGGCCAUCAUGGACUCACGACAGGAGGCAAGGUGGCUAUUGCGGUCGUCGUCCCCGUCGUCGCAGUUGGCUUGAUUGUCUUGGCGCUUUUGUUCCUCUGGCGCAAACGCAAGCAGCGAAAGGAUGCAGCGGAUAUGCGACGAAAAGAGGUGGAAGAAUACGGCUUCAACCCGAACAAUGACCCCACGCUGCCACCAGUCGGCAACAUGGACAAUGGCGAACAUGCAGCUCCGUACGAAAUGCGUGAAGACGACAGCGGAUACCGUGGCUGGGGAGCCGCACCCAAUGCUGGACGAAAACAGUCCACAAAUCUCUCCAGCGGCGGUGCCACCGGCGUUGCUCGAUCCGAUAGCGGCAGUCAACCGGGCGGCUAUCAAAAUUAUGCAAAUGGCAACUCGCCCACGCAAGGCACGACUGGCGCCAACUCCGAAGCUCAUUCUGGCGAUCCACUGAUCCACGGUCAUGAAGCUGAGUCCAUUGGUGCCCUCGGUGGAGCCUCGGGAGCUGCUAUGAAUAGUGCGAACAACAAGCAGGGCGUGCACCGUGGCCCCUCAAAUGCAUCCUCUUCUUAUUCGGCUGCUGGCCGUUCCGACGCCUCCGGUGACGCUCCCAUUCCUGCAGGCGCCCACUCACCCACCUACUACACCAGCGAAGGCACCUUUCCCGACGACCCAGCGUACUAUACAUCCGCUGGUGUUGGUGGACCCUACGGAGAUGGUUCUUAUGGAGGAGGCUCUGGACCCGGUCAACACGGCCAACCAGUGAUUCGAGACGUACAAGCGCGGCGGAAUACACGGAUUGAGAAUCCGUCCAUUUUCCCACAAGCCGGCAAUACUGGCAUUUCGCAAAACUUUUAGUCGUUCCCUUUUUAUUUUUAUUUUUUUUUCUUCUUCUUCUUCAAUCAUCUUCUUU